UUGAUUUACAGAAAUUUUGACAUCAUGUUGCAGGCCGAUCAAGAGGAAUACUCCUUCAGAUUCAGCUACCCGCCGGAGGUUAACCCAGCCGACCACCCGCCGGCGACUGGCGACUCUACGUGGGAUCAAUCGCCGUCGUUCUGGGAGGAGCCGCCGUCGCCGAUAUCCAAGUCGCCGUGGUCGUCGCACGUGGCGCCGGAGUUGUGUCCCUACACAGGAUUAAUGGGAGCUCUUGUUCGAGAAGAAGGGCACGUCUAUUCAUUAGCCGCCGGCGCCGGAGGGCUGCUGUACACGGGCUCCGACAGCAAGAACAUCAGGGUGUGGAAGAACCAGAAAGAAUUCUCAGGGUUCAAAUCCAAUUCAGGUUUGGUGAAGGCGAUCAUCGUCGCCGGCGACCGGAUUUUCACCGGCCACCAGGACGGUAAAAUCAGGGUCUGGAAAGCGCCGGCGAGGGAUUCCGGCGACCACAAGCGGGUCGGAACGAUGCCGACAUUGAAGGCCUCGAUUAAAUCCUCGUUCAAUCCGAACAACUACAUCGAUGCCCGGAAGAAUCGCAAGAUCAAACACAUCGACGCCAUUUCUUCCCUGAGCUUGAGCGAAGACGAAUCGUUGCUCUACUCAGCUUCGUGGGACAAAACCAUCAAGAUUUGGAGAAUCUCAGAUUCCAAAUGCCUCGAAUCAAUCCAGGCCCACGACGACGCCGUUAAUUCCGUCGUCGCCGGAUUCGACGGCCUGGUCUUCUCCGGCUCCGCCGACGGCAAUGUCAAGGUCUGGCGGCGAGAAUUCCAGGGGAAGGGGACGAAGCAUUUCUUCAACCAGACACUUUUAAAGCAAGACUGCGCCAUAACCGCCCUGGCUGUAGACCCUUCUUCCUCAUUCCUCUACUGUGGGUCGUCGGACGGAUUAGUUCACUUCUACGAGCGCCAUAAGUGUCUGUCGCACGCCGGCGUGUUGCGCGGCCACAGGCUCGCCGUGCUAUGCCUGGCGACGUCGGAAAAUUUAGUGUUCACAGGAUCAGCCGAUACAAACAUUUGUGUAUGGAGAAGGGAGGGGGCGAAUCACUUUUUCUUGACAGUUCUGAGUGGCCACGACGGCCCUGUCAAGUGCCUGGCCGUCGGAGACGACGGCGGCGCACAUUCCGGCGGCCUCGACAGGCACUGCACGGUGUACAGUGGCAGCCUGGACAAGUCGGUGAAGAUAUGGCGCGUCUCUGCGCAGACGGCGGCGAUGUAUUCCCGACCAGGGCCGCCGUUCCAGCGAGAUCAUCGGAAUCACAGUGCAACUCAUGGUGUUCCUUCGUCCCACAAUAAGUUAAAAUUAAAGCGAGUUCCAAGAAUUGUCCAAAAAUGAAGCAGCAGUGGAGUGCAGCCAUUACCUGGUUCGACAGGUGGGCCAAUCAGUUUUCUGUCCUGACCGCCAUUGAAAGAAGUUAUUCAUCAUCAAUGUUUAUAGCGAUGUUGCGCUGAGCAAUGUAUCUCCAUCGAUGCCGUGCGAUGAAGAUAUAUGUAAAAUUGGCUGGCAUUGUAUAUGUGACUUUUUCAUGCCCUGCUAGCCUACUUGUCCGAUAAACAUAGGGCCAGCAGAUUUGCUCUCUAUCCAUACGUCACUUUGUUUGUCCAUGUCUGAAAUAUUAGUUUGAGAAGAGAUAACCUUUGACUAAACGUACAA